AUGCUGAAUUACAUUGAACAAAAGCAUGUUGAAGUUUGUUCCAUAGAUGAAUCCAAUGAGAAGCCAGUAUAUUACCUUCCUCAUCAUGCUGUAAGAAAGAAAACGCAAUCUGAAACCAAGUGGAGAAUUGUGUUUGAUGCUUCCUCGCAUGCUCCAGGAAUGAUUUCACUGAACGAUACCUUGGAAGCUGGCCCGAAUCUUCUUCCUGAAUCUAUUGGUUGUCUACUAAGAUUUCGAUUGCAUGAAUUCGCUGUUACAUGUGAUGGUAAGCAAGCUUUUUUACAGUUGUCACUACAUAAAGAAGAUAGGGACGUCACAAAAUUUUUCUGGUACAAAUUAAAAUCUGAUUCAUCUCAACCUACUACUUUUACAGAUGAAAUAACUGUUUACAGAUUUACUCGUUUACCAUUUGGCCUUACUUGCAGUCCGUUUUUACUCUGUGCUGCGACACGAGAAUUGGCUGCAAAACAUAUCGCAGAAUUUCCAAUUGCUGCACCAAUGAUAGAUAAACAUCUCUAUAUGGAUGACUUUCUUGCUAGUAUGGAAACUGAAUCACGCAUUAUAAUGCUAUAUCACGAGAUCAAGAAUUUAAUGGCUCUAAUGAAAAUUGCCUAUGGAAAAAUGGGCUACAAACUCUUUGAAACUCAAAGAUGUACUACAAACACAUGA